ACGUACAUACACACAUCCUGCCUCCUAUUUCUCUCAAGCCACAUCCAUUACUCGUCCACACAUUGUCAACUCACAAGGCAUAUUCCACCUUAAUUAUGAGUCCUCUAUAUUGGUGACGUUCUGGUGCGUUAGACAGAGCUCAUUCUGCCGUGUGUCCUCUUUGGUGAAGUGUUGUGAGGUGUUGUGGUGUUCUUUCCUAUACAGUCUGCGCCCAGUGUGUCUUGGUGAAGCGUGGUGCCUUCCGAGGUAAAUUCUGUGUAGUGUAUGUGUUGUUCGUGCUUGGUGAACCGUGAUGGUGUCUGAGGCGAUGGAAAGUGAUGCUGAGAAGUGUUCAGUGAUAUAAGUAUAUAGUUACGAGAGAGAGAGAGAGAGAGAGAGAGAGAGAGUGUGUGUGUGUGUGACAUUUAAGUGCCAGAAGGAUGCUCAGUCGUGUCCGGUGUGACUGCAACGAUUUAGUGAGAAGUUAAAAAAAAGGACCUCUGCCUCUCGCUUUGUGACGUGGUGCGAAGGGCUGGGAGGUGAGACUCAGAGUGCCAGGAUAGCAGCUGGUCUGGGAGGCAGUGUUAGUACCAGUGGACAGCAGUGAAGUUAGACGAGCACGAUGAUCCUCACACUUGGCGACUGCUUCCGCCUGAAAUACCUGCACAUGCUGGAGGUGGCCGGCGAGGCGGUGCUCACCUACACCCUCCGCUGUGGCAUCCAAGGCAAGUGUCCCUCUGUCUCUCUGGACCAUUACCUGGACGACCUCCCGCCAACCUCCACUGCCAACUACAAGAAAAUGACGCACAAAGGUCAAAAGAAGUACUUCACGUCAACAGACCAGACGCAGCUGCAGAAAGACCCGUCGUGCGGCAGCUUUGACAUCACUCUGCUGCACAAGGCGAUACUCAUAGCCUGCGAACACGUGGCUGACGUCAAGGACCCCAAGUGGACCACCGCUUCGGACCACCUGGAGUACCUGGUCACCAAAGUCAAAACCCUCAGGAACGAAGUGAUUCACGAGAAACCCACGAUACACAGCGACUUGCAAUUCCAAGUCAAAAUAGACGAGCUCAAGACAAUGGUGGUGCGCAUCCUGGAGGCCGCCCGCGACAGGUACGGCCGCUGCCACCAGGAGUUUGUGCAGGAGAGGGACAAGGUGGUAGGCGCCGUGCUGCACCUCAGCAGGGAGAGCAUCGGCAAGGAGGAAAUCCUGCAAAGGUCAGCCAAUAAAAUGCUGCCACUUUUCAUCACAGAAACAAACAGACAACUGCACGACAGCCUCAGCCACACAAGGUACCUGGACCCGCUGCACUUCCUCAGCGGCCGCCAGGACAACAAGGUGGACGUGCACACGGUCUUCUCCAGGAUUGAGGUGGUGCUCAACACCAACACCACGGCACCUGCUGACUCUGGAGGCCACGAGGUGGACUACUUAAAGCUGCUGCUUCUAACCCAGCUGGGAGGCGGCGGCUAUGGCACGUGCCACGCAGCCAGGGGAAACCACACCUGCCUGAUUGAGGGGGACGCUGGCACCGGCAAGACCACCCUACUCACCUUCCUGCUGACCGAGUGGCUGCAGGAGGAGAGGCAGCGCCGCAUGGAGGGCCUGCACCACUACGACCUGCUGGUGUGGGUGGUGUGCAGGGAGCAUACCAGCCCUUCCCUGGACGACCUGCUCCACCACAUGCUGCCCGAGGCCAAAGUCAAGUAUGGCUCCCUUCUGCUGCCUUUCUUCAAGCAGAGUCGCGUCCUGUUCCUCAUUGACGGACUGGACGAGAGGCACGACUCCUCCCGCCGCCUGGUGGCAGACAUCAUGAACGAGGGCAGGGACGCGCACCACUUCACCCUGCUCUGCACCUCGCGGCCUGAGGAGGUCAUUGACUUCAAGGCCACGGUGCCCAGGAAUUACGCCAUUACGCACGUAAGAAUCGUGGGAAUUUCCCCCGAGGAGCGCAUGAGCGUCGUGGCGAAACACUACGAAUGGCUCACCGGCGGCACGGCAUGGAAACACUCGCCUCUCCCGCACUGCCUGGAGGAGGUUCUGUGGAUGGAUCUCUUCAGACUCCCUCUGAAUCUACUCUUUCUGGCAACAAUGCUCUUCUACAAACCUGACGACUUCAAUGUCAAAAUAAUCCAAUCCCAACUCUACCACUUCAUCAACACCUGGAGCGUGGACAAGCUGCAGGACAGGCUGGCCACACACGCCUCGCUAUCCGCCAGGAAACACAGACAAAAGAAAAUAGACACUGUGCUGAAGGUAGCUCACCAGAUAGCACUGCAAGGGCUGCUCCAGAGUCGCAUCUACCUCACGUCGGAAGAUGAAGAUCUGCUGCACGAUUCCUGCAGCAGGGAGGGUUUGCCAAGGUCGGAGUUCAUGCAGGCAUUCUACGUGUUGCGGCGUGAUGUUUUCCUGGGCCAAGCCACCGAGCGCUACUGCUCCCCACACAAGGGCAUGCAGGAGAACUUCGCGGCGCACCACAUCCUGGCCUGCCUCACCCACCACCACCACAGCCCAGGGGACAUCAUGAGGCUCUUAAUGGAUGCCGUUCCAGGACACAACCUGCAUGUUGGGCCUCUGAAGAACAUGCUGUGUCACCUGCUUGGCCUUCUGGCCCACGAGGACUUUGCCAGUGCCAUGAGCGAGGCAGUGGCCUUGAUAGCAGAGAGUGGCGUGAUGACCACCAAUCAGUGGCUGGCUGUGAUGGCCAACACUGACACCAACAUCCACAUCCUGCAGCGUGUGGCACAACAUGUGGCACAGCAUAUGAUUCAGCAGGUGGCGCAGCGUGUAAGGCUGCAUGUGGCACAGCGUGUGGUGCAGUAUGUGGCGCAGCAUAUAUGGAAGCGGAACCACACCACACGAGACGACACGGACGAACUACGAGUCACUGACAGCACCGCUCUGGCUGCCACUACGCUGCUGCCUCUCAUCCCCAAGAGAAAGGUCCAAAUCACGCUGGGUCGCGAGCCGGCAGCGAUGGACGAGCUGGUGAAGGCCCUCGAGUGUCACACCGUGGAGGAACUGUGGCUCACCCACCAAUCCACGCAUCCACACACUGCUGCCACCAGUCACUCUAGGCACCUGCUGCGGCGCAUUCCACGGGAUCAGCUGGAAUACUUUCGAGGCUACCUGGAGCCUGACGACCUGGGGUUACUCCCUGCAGGGCUGCAACACCUCUUCGUCCUGCUGGGUGGAGACGAACACACACGCACCUUCCUGCCAGCACUCUCCACGGCCCUCACCUCAUUCACACACCUGCACACGCUCUCAAUCUCUGUGGAGGCGACAGCAGUGUUCCCGGACGUGGUGACUCCACUGCCCUCCACCACAGCCAAUGUGCGUCUCAUUCUGUCCGGUGUGGAUGACGACCACAUGGAGGAGGCCUGGAGGAUUGCAGCCAACCUGUCUCCCGCCAAGGAAGGAUUCUGGGAGCUGGAGUUCCCUGGAGCAAAGCUGGACAUGGGUGGCUGGCUGAGGCUGGUGACUGGGCUGGCCCAGGCUGGCGUGAAGGUGGCUUACGCUGUCAAUGUGCUGCACACCACCAUGUCUUUGGACCAGGAGCAGCAGCUGUAUGCACACAUCCGCUCUUUGCUGGGCUGUCACCUACGCAGUUCUGUCACCUUUCCUUCGAUGCUCGGGAUGAAAAGAUCAGUUUUUCGGGAGCCUGUGUCUGUUUCCAAGAUUUUUAUAAGUUUCUUCGCCCUCCUCGUCUUCAUUCUUCAAUAUUUCGUGUGGUGAGUGUCUAACCAUAAUAAAGAUGGUGAUAAUUAUUCAUUUAUGCACAGAGAAAAGAACUAUUAACUCCUUUCUGUACCAUGACGUUUCCAUAUUCAUUCUACUUACUAUUUGGUGAUUUUGUACAGCUUCAGAAACUCAUGUGGAGGAUUAAAAUAGUGAAGACUGUGGCCAUUAAUCAUCUGCCCUCCAUAGACCCUUGCUAAUGUCAAUAAAAUGGUCUAAUGGUACACAAAACAAGGUAAAAAUGUGUCCCAGUACAGAAGAGGUUAAAAUAGCAUAGUUAGAGAUUAUUAAUGGAGGUAUCUAACUUAUGACUUAUCAAAUGUCAGGACGUAUUGAGAAAAAGCUUGGCUGGAGUUAAAAGCUAAAUAUAAUACAGACUUUUGUGAACCUUUUUUAUUAUAACUAAAAAUUUGUAAUGAUAUAAAAAGAACUAGAGUAACUUAAGGCUCUAAAUUAACUGCUAUUAUUUUUGUCUCUAUACUAUUUUGUUGUAGCUGUUGUUGUUGUAUAUGUUUAUUGUACUUAUAUAGAGAGUAAAUGUAGCCACAGCAGUAUGAAUUGAUAGUCCCUUAAAGUUUACGGAAAGUUUACGAUAAAUUGGAUCAAGAAUAAGAACAAAAACAACAACAGCAGUAAUAAAAACAAUAAUAAUGAUGGUGACGAUAAUAAUAAUGAUAAUAGUAAUAAUAAUAGUAAUAGUAAUAAUAAUAAUGGUGAUCAUAAUAAAAGAAAAAGAAGGAGAAGAAGGAGAAGAAGAAGAAGAAGAAGAAGAAGAAGAAGAAGAAGAAUUGGUGACACAUUACAACUAAUUUCUAACAGUUUUCUUCAUUUUAUCAAUCUAUUCGCUACAAAUGAAAAUAAUGAUAACAACAACAAUAAUAAUAAUAAUAAUAAUAAUAAUAAUAAUAAGGCGGUGUGUGGCUAUUGUAAUUGUGAAUAAAACUAAUCACAAUCUUACUUUAUUACAUUGUUCUCAUCCUAAUGGCGAGAGAGAGAGAGAGAGAGAGAGAGAGAGAGAGAGAGAGA